AUGCCUCCUCAAUCUAGCAACACGGCCUCACACCCGGGGCAUUCUUACCAGCAAAUCUUCCAUUCCAACAUGGAGAUUCCUGCCUUUUUCACGUCGUACCGCUGGUGGGAAGAUGAGGCAACAACCGUAUUUUGGGCCUUCGAGAUCCAAAAGAUCAGCCGGGUAAUUCAGUUCGGCCUCUUUCGUGACGAAAACUUUCCAAGGACCUCACUCCGCGCUCGAAAUGUCGACACUAUUGACACGUUUCUGGUCGCUCUCUCUGAGCCCCGUGAGCACCAGAUGCUUGGGGCCCUCUCUCAUAUGCAGAGAGUGGAGGAAAUCAUACGCCGGUCGAGUAUCCCCCCUUUCAAGGCGAUUUCCUGGAGUUGGCUCCCGCCACAAUCAAGCCAUACUUUAGAUGCACGAGCAAUCGCUACCGCCAUCGAGGCCGAGAGCCAUUUUCACUUUAGACAAAUUGCCUUCGAGGAGCUCGUACGCGCUGCUCUUGGAUACAAUGCUCUCUUUGUCGAGUGGUUCCUGCAACAACAUACAGCUCUUUAUAUCAUUCUUUCCGAUCAUCUGGCCGCCUUUCCGGAGGAUAUCCCACUCUAUAUAGAAGUGGAAAAGCAUCUUCGGUCGCGGAGCCCCUUUGCACACCGAGCACUGGUUCAGUGUCUUCGAGCUGUGCGACCUGGUGGGAACUCUGACAUGCCUCAACCCAAUACUCCUGGGUUUGGAUUCAUCGCAGGUCCCAUUCAAGCCCUGUUCAAAGAUCAGCAAGGGAGACUUACUGCCAUGUUGAAGGUGCUAAGCGUGUUGGCAAUCCGAUUUCGCAGACAGUACAUUCACGCUUCUACCAUGGAUUGGAAAACUCCAUUUGAUACAUCGAUCCCCUUCCUGGAGGACUGUCUCACCUCGACAUCGGCAACGGAUUUAGCCCGCAGUAUGAGUGGCCAAGACGAGCUCCAUUUCGCCGAAAUGACCCAGCAAGCCCUCGUCGAAGGGGAUGAUAUCGUGGGACAACUUCUGGAGAACUGGCGUUCGCUGAGUAUCUCCGUGUGGGAGUGCUGUGCCGCACUUCCAGAGCUGAUUCCAUAUCUACAAGAGUGUGCACAGGUUCUUUUCACAGGACGUAAUUAUCAUUCUCUCACGGGGAUUAUCGCCGGCCUUCACAGCUACACCAUUGCGGCGAUGCGUGCCGGCAACACAGAUACAGCCCAGGGAAAUACGAUUAAUCUCAAGGCUCUGAUUCCACAGGAAAUUGCCUUCCUCAUGAGCCCGACUCAGAACUAUGCCGCCUAUCGCCAGCACUACGAGAAAUUCCCCGGCAUUCCAUUCCUAAUCCCACAUAUUCGAGACCACAAACAAAACGGCGACGCUGUGCUUCAGCCGGUUUUCCAGUACCUGCAAAGUACGCAAUAUACACGCGAGAACUAG